AUGGAACAAAAUUUACCAAUAAUCACUAAGAAAGUAUGGAGGUUGGUGCGUGUGAUGUUCUUCAUGUUGAAGAAGGGAAUUGCCAAACGAAAAUUUUUACUUGACCUUAACACGAUGAUGAAGCGCGGCAAGAUCACUGGCAAGGCCUCAACGAUCCCCAGAGAAUACGAAUUUAGUUGUCGUGACACCCCUCCUUACCCGCUCUCUCUUUUUUCUACUAACAAGAAACACCAAAACAAACGCACCCCCUUUGCUACUUAUUGUAAUCCACCUUUGGUUGUGGACGAUUGUGAUGACAUAAUUAUAAAUUCUGCUGUACUUAAAGCACUCGGUAGGGAGGCUCCCGUGGUUGAUGAACAACUGAUGAAAAUGGACUCACCAGCAGCAUACGAUAAUGAAGAUGAUUGUGUAGACGAGGCCGCUGAGAACUUCAUUAGGAGGUUCUAUAAUGAUCGGAUACGUACUGAAAACUAA